AUGGCCACUCCGUUCAAACUCGGCAGUGCGGGCGAGCUCAAGGCCCAGGGCAACCGGCUUGUCGGCCGCGGCAAGUAUGAGGCUGCCGCCGCGGUGUACGCCCGGGCUCUGGCGGCGGUGUCAGCCGGCGACCCGGAGAAGCUCGCCACGCCGCUGCUGCUCAAUCUCGCGCUCUGCCACACAAAGACCGGCGCGUUCGGCGCUGCGUUACAGGCUGCCACGCGUGCCGUCGACGAUUGCGGUCAGGCUGAUGUCCUUCUUCCAAAGGCUUUAUAUCGUCGCGCUGCCGCCCUGGUAGGCCUUGCCGAGGCCGCCCAGCCCGGCAGCGGACGGGCGUCAGCUGUCGCCCGCGCCACCGCCGACAUUGCUGCGGCGCGGGAAAUAGCCCCGGCCAAGGACGUCAAGGCGCUGGCAGCUCUGGCCGCCCGCGCUGCCGCACUCGAGCCAGCCUUUGCUGAUGGGGCUGCGGCUGACGCGGCCGCAUCCGACGACGGACCGCCGCCGCUCGAGGUCGCCGCCACCGGCACUGCUGCUGAUUCUGAUGCUGCUGCUGCCGGUGCUGCUACCGCAUCUGACGACGGCCCGCCGCCGCUGGAAGAGUCGAUUGUGGCGCGCCACGCAGUGGCGCGGCGGCGGGCUGCUGGCGGGUCUGCAGCGGCCAAGCCGUCGCCUGCGGCUGCCAAGCCGGCCGUCGCCGCGAGCGCGGACGACCUCGACUCGGACGAUGACUCGGACUCGGGCGAGUUCGAGUCUUACAUGGCAGCGACGCGGAAUCAGCCAGGUGCGGGGCUCAAGCGGGGGUUUCUUGAAGAGAGCAAGAGCGAGGCAGAUCGUGACAAGGACUCUCAGCUCAAGUCGGGCCAGCCAGCAGACAUGCUGCGAAUGAGCGACGACGGAGCGUCGGCUCGUCUCGUCAUGCCCGAAGUCCAGGCCGCCAUGCAGGACAAGUCUGGCAUGGCAUCAGUUCUUGGCUCGGAUGCAUGGGUCACGCCGCAGCUCAUGGAGCGGGUGGCGAGCGAUCCGAUUCUGGCCAAGGGCCUGACUAACCCCGCGUUUAUGGAGGCGCUGUCCGAGUUUCAGACCUCGCCACAGGCCGCCAUGGCCAAGUACGCUCACGAUCCGGCUGUCCAGACCUUUCUCCGCAAGUUUGCUGGCCUCCUCGGCGAGCACUUUGAGGCGCUCGGCAAGGCCGAGGCCGACGCGGCUGCGGCUGCGGCUGCUUCCGGCAGUGGGCAGGAGCCGCUCAUCCAAACCGUCGAGGAGCGCGAGGCUGACGAGGCUGCCCGCGCUGCAGUUCAGGAUCCAGCGGUUCGCGAGGCGAUGAUGGACCCCAAGGUCCAGGUCGUCAUCGCAGCUCUCCAGCGCGGCGACCAGGCCGCUGUCCAGGCCGCUCUGAGAGACCGCGACGUUACGGACCGCAUCCAGGUCCUCGUCCGCGCUGGCGUUCUUGGUGUUGCUGGAUGA